AGAGAUAAAAGAUAACCUAAAAAGUAACUGUCAAUAAAACAGCACAGGAUUUUUUUCAUUAUUAUUUACGUUUUUAAACGCACAAAUGGGUACAAUGUGAAAAGUUUUGAUCACUCGACAACCACAGACACUUGAAACAAUUGUGUUCUUCUAGUGAAAAUUAUGUUGUUCUGUCCUACUUGUUCUAAUAUAUUGAUGGUGGAGGAAGCCCCUGAGUCUGGGCUUAGAUACGCCUGCAACACGUGUCCCUAUGUUUACAACAUCAGGAGGAAAGUUUCAUCACGCACUUUCCCGAAAUUGAAGGAACUUGACUAUAUUAUGGGUGGCGCUGCUGCCUGGGAAAACGUCGACUCUACCGAUGCUGUUUGCCCUAAAUGCGCACACGUUAGAUACCAAAGUGCCUCUACAAAGAUGAAAAUUGAAAAAAUGGCUCCUCUCAUGCCCUGCUCAGAUUCAUCUGCAGUCUCCAAGGCUGCAGAGAUGUUGGUCAAUGGACAUGUGAUAGCAGUCCCCACAGACACCAUUUAUGGCUUAGCGUGUAGUGCCAACUGCCCUGAAGCUAUAAAGAAAUUGUAUAACAUUAAAGGCAGAGAUUCAGCGAAACCUGUUGCUAUAUGUGUGACAUAUGUAACGGAUGUACGCAAAUGGGGGGAAGCUGAACACCUGAGUGACGAUUUACUCAACAGUCUCCUGCCAGGUCCGGUCACAGUUGUUUUACAAAAAACAAAGUAUUUAAACAAUCCAUUCCUAAACCCUGCUACAGCCAAAAUUGGAAUCAGGAUACCAGAUCAUAACUUCAUAAAUAAAGUGACAAAAUUAUUUGAUUUGCCAGUUGCUCUUACUAGUGCCAACUUCAGCAAUGAACCUUCAACAUUGUCCGUGAAAGAAUUCGAACACUUGUACGGUCACCUCGGGGCUGUAUUUGACGGAGGAGUACUAAGCCAAGGAUUGGAUCAAAACAGAACAGGCUCUACAGUUGUGGAUUUGUCCAAAAUUGGUUUAUAUAAGAUAAUAAGAAAAGGGAUUUCUUAUGAAAAAAUUGUCACCAUUUUAGAAGAUAAUGGAUUGAAAAAUGUUGAACAUUUGUCACCAUUUUAGAAGAUAAUGGAUUGAAAAAUGUUGAACAUUAAUUUAUUUUAUUGACUCCUGUGAUAGCUUGUUAAGUUAGAAAAUAAAUAACUAAAGUUA